AUGGAUGAUGGAGACCGGCUCAAGUUAAAUCUAGAAAACAGAUGUGGAGAAGUUAGAAACCGAUGCACCUGUCCAGGUUAUAAACCACCUGGGCUAGAAACUAAAAAGGUGACUGGUGACCAUAAUGCUGUUGGAUUCAUUGCCUAUACUCAUUCCAACAAAGAAGGAUUUACACUCAGUAAUAAUCUAGGUGAUGGUGAAAAACUAGAGGAUGAGGAAGUUAAAAAGGUAACAUCUGUAUCGGUCUAUUACUGGGAUGGAGACAAAAACUAUGAUAAACCGCUUCUUCUAGAGGUGAAGAAGAAAGACGACCCCAAAUCAUUCUAUUACCUAAGAUAUGAUGAAACUGAAACAGGAGAUCAGCCAGCAGUCUGGAAACAAUAUACUGAUGACACAGGAACAUCUUUGCAGGCUCUAUUAGACGAGAGAAAUUUAGGCCGAAAUAAUGUCUUUCCCUUAUAUCUUGAUCAGCCAACCAAACCCCUUGAUGUGGAGUCCAACGUUGCAAAAAGUAAGGGUCUGGAACUUGUUAAAAAUGGCACAGAGAUUACUGGGAGUGAUUAUAGAGUUACCGAGUAUAAACUUAAUGGCAAGGAUGGAAAUACUAGAUUUUCGAGGGUUAUGCACGGUAAAGAUAGGGUAAAUGGUAUCACUAUCCCUAAUGAUAUAAUUAGUAAUAUUCGACUAUACUCGUCGCCAAUUAACAACAGUAAAGUACCCAUUAUGUUUGAGUUUGUUGGGAAGGAUGGAGGAAAUUCUAAAUGGUUCCAUAAUCAGAACAAAGGUACAGGUACUACUCAAUGGGGAGAAAUUGGUAAUCCAGAGGGAUUCCAUAGUGAUAAAAAUAAUUCAAUAUCCACUCUCACAGAGAAGUUUACUAGGAAGUUAGAUGGGUUAGUUUGUGAAAAUUACAAUGGAGUAACUAUUGAUUUAUCACGCAACAGAUCUGAAGGAAGAAGCUACUGCUGUGAGCAUCAUACAGGUGAGAAGGGUACAGGGAAAGUCUCUGUUAAAACUGAAGAGCUAGCAUUAAACGGUGGUGUAAAUAAACUCCCAUAUUACAAACAUCAUAUUGAAGCAGGACAGAAGGUAGCUGGUAUUAAAUUCUAUCAAGAUGAUAACACCUCUAAUAGAAGGAAAGUAUCUGCUAGAUCAUUUAAAUUUCCAAUGGAGGGUCCAGUGGACAUCUAUACUUUUUAUUCUGGUAAUAAUCCGGAGCUUAUAUAUGUAUAUGGUACUGGGACAAGCCCCCCGGUUAAGGGUUGGUUUAGAAGAGACAGUUCUGGUUAUGGAGCUACAUGGAAAAAAACAUCUCACAGUCUCAGGAGUAUUAAGCACAAGGAUAUAUAUGAGAAAAGGCUCAACUGCACCCAGUGGACUGCUCUUAGAGAGAUACUAAAUAAGCGCGAUGGUAAUUUGGAAGAAUGUCAAGAACCUCCUAGACCACAGGGUUCAGUAGCACGUAACGAUAGCGAUGGAGUACCAGAAAUAGGAUCUGAGGAAGAUGAUGAGGAAUCCGCUGACGACUCUGAACAUUCUAAAUCUACUCUAUCCUCACCUCGACUAAGCCCUCCUGGUGCUCCUUCUACCGGUAAAGCUAGUAGAGGAGAUACUCCUAGUGCUGGUAAAGAUGCUCAAACUGGACCUGAAGCUCCUAAAGAACCUGCUCCUCAAGCUCUUGGUGUUGCUACUGCUGGUGCUAUGUCUCUCGGGACAAUUUCUGGUAUAUCCUCAGGUACUCUUACCGGAGCUGGUUCUCUUACUGGACUUGGUUCGCUGGAUUUAAGUUUUAUAAGGGCCGUAGUGGAGAUCCUUUGA